CGCACGCUUGAUGUUCAGACAGCGCGAGCGCAGGAAGGAGGCAGGGUCGACGGUUUCCCUUUGCCUGUUUGACCAUCACAAUUUGCUGAAUCACACAAACUCUUCCGCAUCGUAAAAAACUUUGAAGACAGAUCGCAUUUGUUUGUAGUCAGAGCCUAGAUAAAGCGAUUUUUCCGUCAGUGGAGAGAGUAAAGGUGUUCCCUUCCGAGAACUCUUCAUGGCGAAAAGUAGCACUUCCUCGUGCAUUUUGGAUCUUUCUUUUUCACUUUUGCCUUGCGUUUACCUACAAGACUUGUGUUCAUACGACAUUUGACCGGGAUUGUAAAGUUUCACGUAAACGUGCAUUGACUUUCGACAACACGCAUGUGAGAAAUGAAGCUCAGCAGACAGUUCACAUUUUUUGGCAGUGCCAUAUUCUGCGUGGUGGUAUUUUCUCUGUAUUUGAUGUUGGAUCACAUAGAUAAUGGCAAAAGCCCAAAUGGAGAGAGACAUCCAAAUAGCCAGCUUAAUAUUCUGCAGGACAAAAUCGACCAUUUGGAAAGACUGCUUGCAGAGAACAAUGAGAUCAUUGGCAACAUCAGGGACUCUGUGAUUAACCUGAAGGAAACUGUGAAAGAUGGGAAAGCAUAUCCUGAAAGGAACAUCAGUCAGGGGAUCUCUGAACUGCUUCCACCUGCUCCUGUGAUGCUGCCCAUUGAAUCAGAGGACUGCCAGUUUGCCGAGCGAGUAUACUCCAAGGCGGCUGAUGGAGUGCAGAUGCUGGAUGUUUAUGAUUUGCUCAGCUUUGAUAACCCUGAUGGUGGAGUGUGGAAACAAGGCUUUGAUAUUUCUUAUAAGGAGAAUGAAUGGGAUAAUGAGUCGCUCCAAGUCUUUGUUGUGCCCCAUUCUCAUAAUGACCCUGGUUGGCUGAAGACAUUUGACGACUACUAUCAAGACCAGACGCAACACAUCCUCAACAACAUGGUGGUAAAGUUACACGAAGACAAUCGAAGGAAAAUGAUCUGGAUGGAGAUUUCUUACUUUUCAAAAUGGUGGGAAAGCAUAGAUGAGCAGAAACGAGAUGCUGUCAAGAGACUGAUAGAAAACGGUCAGUUUGAGGUGGCUACAGGAGGCUGGGUGAUGCCCGAUGAAGCCAACAGUCACUACUUUGGAUUGAUAGAUCAGCUCAUUGAAGGCCACCAGUGGCUGGAGAAAAAUUUGGGAGUGAAACCCAAGACCGGCUUGGCUGUGGAUCCAUUUGGCCACAGUCCUACCCAAGCAUACCUGCUUAAACAAGCCGGUAUGUCUAACAUGCUGAUCCAAAGAAUCCACUAUUCCAUAAAGAAACACUUUUCCUUGGAGAGGACGCUAGAGUUCUUCUGGAGACAGAACUGGGAUCAGGAUGCUACUACAGACAUUUUGUGUCACAUGAUGCCGUUCUACAGCUACGAUGUUCCUCACACAUGCGGCCCUGACCCGAAGAUCUGCUGCCAGUUUGACUUCAAGCGACUGCCUGGAGGAAGAAUCAGCUGUCCGUGGAGAAUUCCACCUCAAGCCAUUACAGACAGUAAUGUACAGGAGAGAGCUCAGACGCUGCUGGACCAAUACAGGAAGAAAUCAAAGCUCUAUCGGACCAAAGUGCUACUGGUUCCUCUUGGAGAUGACUUCCGUUACACUGACGCUCUGGAAUGGGAUCAACAAUUUGAGAACUACCAAAAGCUCUUUGACUACAUGAAUUCUCACCCUGAGCUCCAUGUCAAGGCCCAGUUUGGCACAAUUUCAGAUUAUUUUGAUGCGCUGCGUAAAAACAUUGGCAUGGAUCCAGUUGGUAGUAGUGUUGGUGAGCUGGCCCUGCCCGUGAUAAGUGGAGACUUUUUCACUUACGCAGACCGCGAUGACCACUACUGGAGCGGAUAUUUCACAUCACGACCCUUCUAUAAACGACUGGACCGUAUGCUAGAAUCAUAUCUCAGGGCAGCUGAGAUCCUCUACUCUUUGACCCUGGCUAACUUUCAGAAGUAUGGCAAGCCUAGCGAUUACCCUACCAUUGAUAAUUACAAGUUACUGACUGAAGCCAGACGCAAUCUGGGUCUCUUCCAGCACCAUGAUGCCAUCGCGGGCACAGGCAAAGACUUUGUGGUUGUGGACUAUGGAACCAGGUUGUUUCAUUCCAUAUUAAAUGUGAAGCGAGUAAUCGUGAGCUCGGCUCAUUGGUUAGUGCUUAAGGACAAACAGACAUACAGCCAUGAUCCUUCAAAUCCCGUUCUUCAAAUGGAUGAUGUUCAGGCAGCACAAGAUGCCCUACCUCACAAAACCGUUAUUAAAAUUCAUAAAAAGCCAAGAUUGGUUGUGGUUUUUAACCCCAUAGAACAGGCCAGGAGAUCUGUGGUUACAUUAUACGUGAACACCCAUCACGUGCGCGUGCUUGAUGCUUUUGGGCAUGUAGUUCACGCUCAGGUCAGCGCCGUAUGGAAUGAUGCCACCCAUGCUGCUACUGAUGUCUUCCAGUUGUCAUUCAUAGCUCAGGCUCCUCCGCUGGGCCUUAGCGUGUACCAGCUGAUCGAAGGAAUGGAGAUCCGGACAGAAACCUCCAAAUACAUGUUUCUUAAGGACGGCAGGCACAUUUCAGUCAGCGGAUUGGAUAAUUUCAGAAUGUCCUACCAACAAGAUGCCACUUCUGUGGAAAUCGAAAAUCCUCACCUGAAACUGUCCGUCUCUACCGCCACGGGUCUUUUAGAGAGAAUGAGGCUGAAGGACGACGGCUCGGAGCACCAGGUUAACGUGGAGUUUGCUUGGUACGGUACCACCAGUAACAAAGACAAAAGCGGAGCUUACCUGUUUCUACCAGACGGAGAUGCAAAGAUUUACUCUUCCUCUCAGCCGGCUGUGAUUCGAGUCACUAAAGGGCCCCUGUUUUCUGAAGUCACCACUACUUUAACACACGUUACACACACUCUUAGACUCUACAACAUUCAAGGUGUGGAGGGCCAGUCUGUGGAGAUCUGUAAUACUGUAGAUAUAAGGGGUGAAAACAACCGUGAAAUUGCAAUGAGGAUAACAUCAGAUAUAAACAGCAAGAAUCGAUUCUUUACCGACCUCAAUGGCUACCAGGUGCAGCCGAGGAAAACCGUGGCUAAGCUCCCCCUGCAGGCAAACUUCUACCCCAUGACCAGCAUGGUGUACCUGCAGGACUCCAGCGCCAGACUCUCUCUGCUUACCGCACAGUCAUUGGGAACGGCCAGUCUCAAAAGCGGUCAGCUGGAAGUGAUAAUGGACCGCAGGCUGAAUCAGGACGAUAAUCGAGGUUUAGGUCAGGGAGUGUUGGACAAUAAGAUCACUGCCAACUCUUUCCGCCUACUGCUGGAGAAACGAAGCUCUGAAGAGACCCAGAAAGAGGAGAGCGCGCCAUACAGCUAUGCAUCUAUACUGAGUCACAUGUCUUUCACGUACCUCAACCAUCCUCUCAUCUCCAUGGCAUCCAGUCCAGACUCAGUCGAUGCGUCCUUUACCUUCUACAACCCUCUGAUCACCUCCUUCCCAUGUGACCUUCAUCUGGUGAACCUGCGUGCAAUCCAGUCUAAGGAGGAAGGAGGAGGUCCAUCCGAGCAAGCUGCUUUGAUACUACACAGAAAAGGCUUUGACUGUGGCUUCUCCAAUCGGGACACUGGCCUAUUGUGUACAACCACACGUGGCAAGGUUAAGUUAGAGAAGCUCUUGACAGACCUGAAGGUGAAAAGCUUCACUCCUGUCUCGCUGUCUUUGAUGCACAACACACAAGAAAGUGAAGCAGAGUCACAGGAGAUCAAUCUUAAACCUAUGGAAAUCAGGACUUACCGCCUGGAGCUCAGCUGAGACACUUCACCAUAGCCGCUGUCACAUUCUCAUUAAACUUUAUGUUCUACACACGAGAGCCUCUAGGAGUCGUCGUCUUCAGUCAAGGACUCGGCGAACGAUUGUCAACAAAAUCCUUAAACUUCACAACAAGGUGCAAUAUAUGAAAUCUUCAAGAAUUGCCAAGUAGCUCUCUCAGGUUAUCUGAGCGUAAUACGUGAAUAUUGCUAUGAGGGAUUCACUGUGUUGAGAGUUGACAUCUUUUGCACUGGGAAUGUCAUUGUAUCAUUUCGUCCUUUUAUUAAUUGAGUAAGAAAAAGUUUUGGACUAUUUGAUCAUAAUAUGAACGUUGUUUAAAAUUGUUUUAAAAGAUGUGUAAAUUAAUUUUAUUUCAUGUUUUGCUAUCCCAAAGUUUUUAUUCCAAACUGUGCCUUAGUCUCACAAGGUGGUGACUGUGGAUGUGAUAUAAGCUUUUACCGUACCAGACGGCGUUACGUGGUUUGUUUUCUUUCACUUUUCCAAACUUGAUAAUUGCCAGCAAUGCAAUUGACUGCAAGUGUUUAUCACAUUCAUUGAAACCAGUUGUGUAAUGCAUCUUAAGAUUGUACAAAGACUAUUUUAUUUUUUCACUUUUUCUU